UAUUAGACAUUUUAGGGAGACAAUGAACGAUCAGAAUUUGAGAAGCGAGCCCAAGUGGGUCCCAUAAUACCAAUCACCAUGCUAUUCUGUUCUGAAUCUCUGCUCACACGUAUCAGCACACCACUUGCAGAUUCAGUGUCACUCCACCCAGAUAGCGCCACACUUCACCGUACACGAAUUACUAAUUUCCUCUCAUUUGCAAGUUCAAUUUGCUGUCAUCACUCACGCUUCUCUCGCCUCCGUAAACUCUACACUACACUUCUUUCUUCUAGAGACUCGUUGUUGUAACCGCUGUGGAUCUGUAAAACCGUUUCAUCAUCUUCUUCGUCUUCUUCUGCUUCUGCUUGAAUCGCGAACCCUAAAAGAUGGUUUACACCGUCUCGGGAAUUCGAUUUCCCGUUGUUCCAUCGCUGCACAACAAGUCGAGCUUCCGCGGUGGCGAUCGGAGGAAUGCGGGGGCGGCACCGGUCUCCUUUUUUCUCAAAAAGGACUCGCGCUCUCGGACAGCCCUUGCUGUAAAAUUUUCCCAUGAUUCUGACUCCACAUCUUCGGCGAUUGCUGAAUCUGAUAAAGUACUUGUUCCUCAAGAUCUAGAUAAUUCUGCAUCCUUGACAGAUGAAGUUGAAACUCCUGAUAUAACCACCGAGGAUGUACAGUCUUUUCAGAACUUAGAGGAUUUAGCAACGGAAGAUGAGAAUACAUACACUCUUGACGAAGCAGCUAGCAGUUACAGUGAGGUUGACGAUGGGCAAGGUUCUGUUGUGUCAUCGCUUGUAGAUGUUAGCACCAGUGCCCAAACCAAGAAGGCAUCAGUUCAUUCAGACAUGAAAGUAAUAGAAAUUAAUGAAGUUAAACCUAGGAUCAUUCCUCCGCCUGGCAUAGGGCAGAAAAUAUAUGAGAUUGAUCCAUUUUUGCAAACUCACCGCGACCAUCUUGAUUUCCGUUAUGCACAAUACAAAAGAUUGCGUGAGGAAAUUGACAAGUAUGAAGGUGGUCUGGAUGCAUUUUCUCGUGGUUAUGAAAAAUUUGGCUUCGCACGCAGUGCUACAGGCAUAACUUACAGAGAGUGGGCACCUGGAGCUAAGUCAGCAGCAUUAGUUGGCGACUUCAAUAAUUGGAAUCCAAAUGCAGAUGUAAUGACCCGGAAUGAGUUUGGUGUGUGGGAGAUCUUCUUGCCAAACAAUGCAGAUGGUUCACCAGCAAUUCCUCAUGGUUCUCGAGUCAAGAUCCACAUGGAUACUCCCUCUGGGAUCAAGGAUUCAAUUUCUGCUUGGAUCAAGUUCUCUGUACAGGCUCCAGGUGAAAUCCCAUAUAAUGGAAUAUACUAUGAUCCCCCAGAGGAGGAAAAAUAUGUCUUCAGACAUCCCCAGCCAAAGAGACCAAAAUCACUGAGAAUAUAUGAGUCACACAUCGGAAUGAGUAGUCCGGAGCCAAAAAUUAACACAUAUGCCAAUUUUAGAGAUGAUGUACUGCCUCGCAUUAAAAAGCUUGGCUAUAAUGCUGUCCAAAUUAUGGCUAUCCAAGAACAUUCUUAUUAUGCUAGCUUUGGGUACCAUGUUACGAAUUUCUUUGCACCUAGCAGUCGGUUUGGAACUCCAGAAGACCUUAAGUCUCUGAUAGACAGAGCCCAUGAACUAGGUAUCAUCGUCCUGAUGGAUAUUGUACAUAGCCAUGCAUCAAAUAAUACAUUGGAUGGACUUAACAUGUUUGACGGAACUGAUGGUCAUUACUUCCAUUCUGGGUCACGGGGUUAUCAUUGGAUGUGGGAUUCUCGCCUUUUUAAUUAUGGAAGCUGGGAAGUCCUAAGGUAUCUGCUUUCAAAUGCAAGAUGGUGGCUGGAUGAAUACAAGUUUGAUGGGUUUCGAUUUGAUGGUGUCACAUCAAUGAUGUACACUCAUCAUGGAUUAGAGGUAUCUUUUACUGGAAAUUACAAUGAGUAUUUUGGUCUUGCAACUGACGUUGAUGCUGUAAAUUACCUGAUGCUGGUUAAUGAUCUCAUUCAUGGGCUCUUCCCUGAGGCUGUUACAAUUGGUGAAGAUGUCAGUGGAAUGCCAACAUUCUGCCUUCCUACACGAGAUGGUGGGGUUGGCUUUGACUAUCGCCUGCAGAUGGCCAUUGCAGACAAGUGGAUUGAGAUUCUCAAGAAGAGGGAUGAAGACUGGGAAAUGGGCGACAUAACCCACACACUCACCAACAGAAGGUGGCUGGAAAAAUGUGUGGCUUAUGCUGAAAGUCAUGACCAAGCCUUGGUUGGUGACAAGACAAUUGCAUUUUGGUUGAUGGACAAGGAUAUGUAUGAUUUUAUGGCUUUAGACAGACCAUCUACUCCUCUUGUAGAUCGUGGUAUAGCAUUACACAAAAUGAUUAGGCUUAUUACUAUGGGCCUCGGUGGUGAAGGGUAUUUGAACUUUAUGGGGAAUGAAUUCGGCCAUCCUGAAUGGAUUGAUUUUCCAAGGGGUGAGCAACGUCUUCCUAAUGGCUCAGUAAUUCCCGGGAAUAACAACAGUUAUGAUAAAUGCAGGCGUAGAUUUGACUUGGGGGAUGCAGAGUAUCUAAGAUAUCAUGGGUUGCAAGAAUUUGAUCGAGCUAUGCAGCAUCUAGAAGAAAGAUUUGGUUUCAUGACUUCUGAACACCAAUAUAUUUCACGGAAAAAUGAAGGUGACAAAGUUAUAGUCUUCGAAAGGGGCAACCUCGUCUUCGUCUUCAAUUUUCACUGGAACAACAGCUAUUAUGAUUACAGAAUUGGGUGUUUACACCCGGGCAAAUAUAAGAUUGCCUUGGAUUCAGAUGAUCCCUCGUUUGGUGGCUUCAAUAGGCUCAAUCACGCUGCUGAGUACUUCACCACUGAUGGAUGGUAUGAUGACCGACCUCGAUCUUUUCUAGUCUAUGCACCUUCUAGAACAGCAGUGGUGUAUGCCCUUGCAGAUGGCAUUGAACUAGAGCCAGAAGUUGAACCUUGAUGAGAAGUUUGUCGGAUAAAUGAGACAAACCAUGGCAUAGAUGCAGUAAAAUCAAACUAGCCAACUGAAGUCCUAGUGUUUUACUGACACUGAAACAGCAAAUCAGAAUUCAAGCAGGAGCGCUAGUUAAUCUUAGUGAGGCGGCAGACUAACGUAGAAAUGUUGUGCAUGAUGCGCCUUGCUAGUUAUGUAAUGUAUAGCAGCAGCACACUAAUCCUUCUGGAUUUCAUAUUUUGUGGUUUAGUGUUUAAGUUGCAUCGCGUUUGAGGAAUGUGAAUAAACAAAACUACAGUCCAGGAACGUCAGGUUCGCUGAACCUGUAUGCAGUCUAUCAAUUUUCGUUGGUGCACACAAAUAUUUAGAAACACUCGAGGGUACCUUGGGAAAAAUAUUGUGGUAGGCCUUUCUAUAUGAUGUCCUUUUCGGGUUCAAAA